UCAGACAGACAAAAUGUUAUAAUUUAGACAUUAGUAAACCACGUUUAUUUUUAACAGAAAGUUUUUCUAAGUUUAUUAUCGCAUUUUCAGUUUGUUUCAUACAAUGGGAAAGAAAAAUAAAGAAUCACUCGGUCGUGCUCUUAUUAAAGACAGAUUUGCUAAAAAUCGACAUCGCCGACAUGUAGAAGACAAUACGAUGCUCCAUACGACGGAGGUCCAGGAUGGAUAUGAUUGGGGUCGUCUUAAUUUACAAUCUGUCACAGCCGAAUCUUCACUCCAAGAGUUCUUGUCAACGGCAGAGCUAGCUAACAGAGAGUUUAUUGCUGAAAAAAUGAAUGUUAAAUAUGUUAAAUCUGCCCCAUGUGAAGUUGAAUUGGCUACCUCACAACCAGAUUUUGAUGAGCCGCUGACAGUUCCAAGAAGACCUCAAUGGAAACCAGGUAUCACAGCAGAGGAACAGUUAACAAAAGAAAGAGAUGAAUUCCUUGAUUGGAGACGUUAUUUAAAUGAACUGCAAACCAAACUGGGUGCAGCAGUAACACCAUAUGAAAGAAAUUUAGAACUCUGGAAACAGCUGUGGAGAACCUUAGAGAAGUCUGAUAUAGUUCUAAUAUUGUUGGAUGCAAGAAAUCCACUUUUGUUCAGAUGUGCAGAUUUGGAGAAGUAUGCGACUGAACAAAAAUGCAAGAUUUUUUUGUUAUUAAACAAAGCUGAUUUAACUACAGAGUAUGGGAGAAAAUGUUGGGCAGAGUAUUUUGCUAAAGAGAACAUUUCAAUAAUAUUCUUCUCUGCUGCAAAAAGUACUAAGGAAAGGAAAAUAUCUGAAGAAAGUAAUGAAGCUAAUGGAGUUGAUGAUAAUCAUGACUCAAGCGCAGAGUCUGUUGAUUCUGAAGAGGAAAGUGAAAAUCAUAAUGCUUUAAAUGAAACACGAGAUGACAUUGAAUUGUUUAAAAAGCAAUUGGGAGAUCUCGGUAAAGCAGUUAAUGAUACGGCUAAUAGAAUAGAUGCCAUUCAAGAAGCAUUAGAUAAGGUACUAGAAAAUUUAAGAUUGGAGAAACCAAUAGAAACUUUUCAGAGUAUAGAAUUAACACUUACACAGUCAGCAGAUAAAUCGGAAGCAACAAAUACAAAUUCUGUUUCAGAAGAAGCAGAUAAAAUAAAUGAAAAUAUUGACCAAGUAACAAAUUCACAUGAAAUUUUCGACCGGGAUAGACUGAUACAAGUUCUUAAAGAGCAGAAGAUUGAUAAAUUAAAGAAUCCACCAAGACUGACAGUUGGAAUGAUCGGUUACCCCAAUGUUGGAAAAUCAAGCUCUGUUAAUGUUUUGAUGCAAACUAAAAAGGUUAGUGUCAGCUCCAUGCCGGGUCACACAAGACACAUACAGUCCCUGAUAUUGGAUGAUGAUAUAGAACUGCUGGACUGCCCUGGACUAGUAUUACCGGCAUAUGCCGUAACACCAGAUCUCUUGCUGACAGCUGUUCUGCCCAUUGAUCAAAUGCAAUCUCACGAUGCAGCAAUGGCGCGUCUGUGCCAGCUCGUGAGUCGAUACACAUUCCAGCACAAAUAUGGACUCCUUCUACCAGAGUAUGAAGGCAGUGAACUUGAAUACAGGAAAAUAUUGACCGCGCAUGCUUUUAAUAGAGGCUUCAUGACAGCCGCUGGUCAGCCAGAUCAAUCGAGAUCAGCUCGACUUUUCUUGAAAGACGCUGCCAGUGGUCGCUUACACUGGGAACAAUUACCCCCUGGAUAUGAACCAGCUCCUGUGGAUGAUUUGAUAGAAGAGAAGAAAAAUGAGACCAGGAAACCAACACCAAGAGAGGCUAGAGCUGUUGAGGGUUGGAUGAAUAAGUCAAAGGAAAUCGACAAUACGUUUUUCGCUAUGCAGAAGAGUGGUGCCCACGUUAAAGGAAAACCAAUUUUGGGUGUCACAGCGCCAUCAGAAAAGCCGAUUGUUAGAAAACCCUGGAAACUUGAAAAGAAACAUGCAAAUAAAAACAAAAGAGAAAAGUUGAGAAGAGUCUAUGCUCAUUUAGAUGAACAUUGAAGACCACAGAUUGAAUAUUAUAGAGUUCAGAAAAUAAAUAUGUAGCAUUAAUUUAAAAACUUGAGUACAUAACGAAUGUCGAUAUUUAAUAAACUAUGUUG